AUGUGUAUCGAAUUUGCUUUCAAGAGAGGUGGAAUUACACUCAUCAGGAAUUUCAUUCAUUCAGCCGAAGGAGUCAAGAAUGGACUUCCAACUGCUGUUCAAAACAGAUUAUCCAUUAAUUACAAACUCAGAACAUACACUCAAGGAAAAGUCACUGAUGUCAGAUUUAUCACUGAUCCAGUUGCAGGAUAUUAAGCCAAAGGAGACAAGAAAUGAUUUAUAAUCAAAACAAACAAAAUAAUUUACGAUUUCAUAGCAUAUUA